AUGGGUAUCCACAAACUAAUCAUCCUAAGACAUGGUGAGUCUCAAUGGAACCAUGAAAACAAAUUCUGUGGAUGGAUUGAUAUUCCACUAACUGGAAAAGGUAAAGAAGAGGCCGAAUACGCCGGUGAAUUAAUCAAAAAACAUGGAUUAUCCCCCGGAAUUUUGUACACCUCCAAACUAAUACGUUCAAUUGAAACUGGUUUCAUAAUACUCAAGGUGUUAAACAAACCGUGGGUUGACCAUAUAAAAACGUGGCGUUUGAACGAAAGGCAUUAUGGCCAAUACCAAGGUCGUGAUAAACAUGACGUAUUUGUUGAGUUGGGUGAAGAUAAGAAGAAAUUUCAAUACAUCAGACGAAAUUACCAUGGUUUGCCACCAUUGAUUGAUCGUCAACACGAUGAAUCAAUUGAUGAAAAAUACGAUGACUUGUUGAAUAAAAAUAUAUUACCCAGAGGUGAAUCUCUUUCGAUGGUUAUGGAUAGAUUAAUUCCAUUUUUCAAGUACGAAAUUUUCGAUCAUCAAAUGGUUCAGUUGAAUAAAACAGUGUUGAUUGUGACUCAUGGGUCAGUGGUUCGAAGUUUGAUUAAAUAUUUGAACAAGGUGAGUGAUGAUGAUAUACUGAAGAUUAACGUUCCCACUGGUGUGCCAUUGGUUUUUGAAUUAAAUGAUCAAGGUGAUUUGGUUAAACCUUAUUAUUAUUUAGAUAAAGAAAGAGCAGAAAGGGGGAUUGAGAAAGUGAGAAAUGAAGGUUACGAUGAACCAGGUAAAGCCAUGUCACAUCAUUCGCUAUGGAACCUACUCCGCUCUUUCGUCAUCCUUAAACUAAUCCAAUUGGCUAUAAUAUACUUUACCCCGUCUCGCUUCGAUACAUCAUCGCAGUUAAUCAUUGAUGACUUGGCUCAAUCUUCAUCAACCGCGUCACCAUACAAUCUUAUAAUCACCACCAUUUUAAACAAAUUGAUCACUUGGGAUUCAGUUUACUUCAAUGACUUGUUUGCCAAUGAAAUUUCUUAUGAACAUCAGUUUGUGUUUUGUCCUGGUUGGAUCAAAUUGGUUUCUUUACUACCGAGUACAAAUUAUUACCAAUUACAAAUGUGGAGUGUUUUAAUUUCCAAUGCUUGCCAUUUUGCAUCGGUUGUAACGUUAUAUUAUCUAAGCAGGACGAUUUAUGACGCAAAAGUGAGUUACAUAGCUGCGUUGAUGAUGGUAAUAUCGCCGGCGGGUGUGUUUCUAACCACAAAUUACUCCGAAAAUUUGAACAAUUUGACUACUUUGUUAACAAUAUAUUUGUAUUACAAGGCAAUCGAUUUCAAUAAUGUUACCACAAGGAGCAACAAAUCGAUCAAGAACAUCUGGUUCUAUCUAUUAAGUGGUGUUUUUUGUGCAUUUAGCUUCACCAUUAGAGCAAAUUCAUUAUUAUUAGGCAUAUUAUAUUUAUUAGACUUAUACGACUUUAGCAUUACUGAUCGUGACAAGGUAUCUAGUGCAUUGUCGAUUGCCACUGGAUCCAUUCUUGGGAUGACAUUUAUUGGUCAAAAUGUCUACCAUUAUCUCACAUUCUGUCCUCAAAGACGAGGCUGGUGCUUGAACAAAUUGCCCAGUUUGUUUCUGUAUGCACAGUCACAUUAUUGGAACAAUGGAUUUUUAUCAUACUGGUCUUUGAAUAACGUGCCAAAUUUCAUUCUUGUUGCGCCCGUUUUAAUUUGGAAUUGUUAUUCAGUUAGGUCCACGUGGAGAGUGCUUCCUCAGUAUCGGAAAUUAAUGCCUCUUGUUGUUUUAAAUACAGCUAUAAUCAUUGGUGGUGUAUUCUUUUGGAAUGCACAGAUUUUGAAUAGAAUUACUAGCUUUUCACCAUUGAUUUACUGGACUUUAGCUUUGAGCUAUAACAAGUCAUGGAUCAACGGAUGGUUACUGCAGGUCCUCACAGAACAAGCAUUUAUACUAUUUACCAUCCCUAUUUGCAUCUUAUUUGCCUAUUACACCAAGACCAAAAAUGAUAAACUGAAAUUGUCGGCAAAGAGUAAACCAGCAUCAGGUAAAACAUCAGCAUCUAAGUUGGACCAACGCCCCUUUGGAUACUGGGAACCCAAUCAUUCAUUCAAAACCCCAACUCCUCCUCCAUACCCCAAUUGGUCAGUGACUGAUACCAAGCCAAUACCAUAUCGUGCAUUCAAACACAAGUAUAACGUAACCAUGGGUAUACGAAACAUGGAUUGGAACUCUUGGAUUGAGUUGGACAAUCAAUGGAAGUUCUUCCAUGAUUUGAAAUUGAAACGCAUUGCAACCAAGGGUGAUGAGUUGUAUAGAACUAGUCCAAAGGGAGUUGCUGCAUCGUGGGAGUUUCUUGAAGAGUUGUUGGAUUACUUACCAGUGAGAUAUCCCUCGUUGUUUCAAUAUGAUAAAGAGAAACGUAUAGUCAAGAUUUUGGCUACUGAUGAAGUAUAUGAUUUGAAUGAUAAAGACUGCAAUCCUAUUGUGACGGCUGCCAAAUUGAUUCAGGAUGAUAUUGCGAUAAUGGUUGAAAAUGAGGAUGAUGGUCAGUAUUCAUUAGAGCUGGGAUGUGUUACAUUGGCUGGAUUUUGGAAAAUUAAAGACAAGUUUCAAAUGAAAUUGGAUCAAAUACACACUUCGGGUGAUGUGCCCAAGUACAGAACGCAUUUGGGCCCCGCCAUGAAUAAAUUUUUCCGUCGUUUAACUGUCGAAUCCCCCGUGGUGCGUAAUAACUAUUUUGUUCAAACUGAUAACCAUUUGGAUUGGUCUUCGUCAAUUGGAUCAGAAGAUGAAUCAAAUAUUGGGUGGAACACGGCGCCUGAUGCUACUGAUAUCAACAAUUUGUAUUUCCGAAGUGAACGUCAAAGCUUAAGACGAUUACCUAAAACUGGAGCGAUUUCAUUCACUGUACGGACGUAUUUCAUCCCCAUGGUUGAAUUGUGCAAGGAGCCAUAUAUUCCAAGAAGAUUGUUGAAUGGAAUAACUAGUUGGACUGAAGAUGUUGGCGAAUACAAGGGGUUCCAUAAAUUUAAGGGCGUGUUGUUGCCCUAUUUAGAAAAAAUGGCUGAGGAGCAGGAAUCAACUGGAUUGGAUCUGAUGCUGGAACCACAAGUGUAUCCAUUUUGA